GUUGUAUCAUUCGUCAAUAGUUUCCAAGGCAGAAUUAAAGUGAGAUACCCGGUCGUCGCUGUUUUCUCAACACACCUGUACGUGGUCCCUGUUUUUCUGGUAUUGAUAGUUGCAAUGGAUGAUUUUGGAUUUGGCAGUGCUAACAAUGGGGAGCCAGACGAAGUGCAGGACUUCCUAGCUAGAGAGCAGCAGCAGUUUGCCGAGCUACAUGGAGGAACUGAAGAGCAGUCAGUCGUUAACAGCGACUUCGGAGCCUCAAAUGUCAACGAGUUCGAUCAGUUCGGCGAGAACCAUUUUGGAACGGAGAGUGGAAACUCCUCAUUUGUCGGAGGUUUCGAUUCGACCACAGCAGAACCUUCCGAUCCCUAUGCGGCAGUGACAGCAGUAGAUGUGCAGAGGGCAGAGCCGGAGAGUAUCAGGAAGUGGCGCGAAGAGCAGACUGCGCGACUGGCCGAAAUGGACGCCACAGAGCAGACACAGAUAGCCGAGUGGAAGGAACAGGCCAUGCACGAAGUAGAAGAGUGGUACAAACAGCACAACGAGCAGAUUGCGAAGAAUAAGAACAACAAUCGAGUCGCAGAGGAGGAGAUGCUAAAAGGGAGAGACAAUAGCAACUCGGAUGAUGGCGCAUCCUGGGCUAGAAUAUCGGACAUGUGUGAUUUCAACCACAAGAAUCACAAGGCCACCAAAGACGUCUCAAGAAUGCGGGCUCUCCUCAUUAACCUCAAAAAGCACCCGCCUGCCAAUGCACCCGCAAUCGCAAACGGAGCUUCAUGAGGAACCUCACAAGACCCAUAGAACCCACCUCCCCACAGUUCGAACCAAUCCUUUCUCCCUUUGAAGAAGCAGAGAUCAGUUCCGAAGGCAAGAGUAUCUUCAGGACUAUACACCUCGAAUACCUCUGGAUACAAUAGAACCAUCAUACACAGGAUUCGCGAUGCCAUCAAACUUGAACUUAAUCGAAUAGAUUUUGAUGCGUGUGACAUUCUGAUAUGCUUUCCUAGCGGUGCAAUCUUGUAAUGGAAACCGUUCAUUGAUGUAUCUAAUUUUUGACUUGAUGAUUAUAAAACUCCCCGUCCCGUUUAUGAAUUUCAUUCCAAUUUCUACGAUUAAUAAUUUAAUAGGAAAUGCAUCUACAGUAAAAAGAAACUAUCUGUUGAAACCUUAUAUUUUAAUGGACGACUCAGAUACUUGUGUUUUGUUCGGAGAAAGCACCCUGAUUACGGUUUCAAUCUAGUUUCAAUUUCAGCAGCAAUAUAAAAUCCUGAACCGUAGCAUCUAAAAAUAAAUUUAAAUGCAACACCAUAAUUAAUUGUUAAUAUUAUGUGUAGUUUCAUUUUGAGUCAUUUCAAAAAGUUGUUUUCAAUUUAUUGUAUCCUAUUAUACAAUAGAAUCUUGACUGGUCUUAAAUUUGACUGAUUUAUAAUUUUUUAAAUAGCUGAUUUCUAGUCAAGAUUCAUCCUUGCUUAUUUUAGUCUGUGUAUUUAAUGAAUUGUAUAUUAAUUAAUUACAAUCCGUAUGAAUGUGAUCUAGUACUAACGAACGGAGGUUGAGUUUGUAGUUCCAUGUAUAAAGUUAAUUAUUCUACAGAUUCUUCA